CAUCAGUGGUGUGUAGUUCAGCGCGGGCAAAACAUGGUCGUGAGCAAGCCAGCGAAGGAGGGUGGCCGCCGCUUCUCGGUCGUUGUGGCGGCCUGCAAGCAGAGCCGCGGGAUUGGCGUCAGCAACCAGCUGCCGUGGCGGCUGCGCGGCGACAUGCAGUACUUCAAGCAGCUCACGCGCUCGACGCGCGACCCGACCAAGCAGAAUGCCGUCAUCAUGGGGCGCAAGACGUGGGAGUCGAUCCCCGAGAAGAUGCGGCCGCUGGGCGACCGGCUCAACGUCGUCAUCUCCGCCAACCCCGCCGCACGCGAGCUCUACGGCAUGGGCGACAAGGUCCUCCUCGCCACCUCGCUCGGCGACGCACUCCAGCAGCUCUGCGAGGGCGACUACGCGGCAUCGGUCGAGUCGGUCUUUGUGAUCGGCGGCUCGUCCGUCUACGCCGAAGCGGUCGACCUCCCCCAGCUCUGUGAGCGCGUCUACUACACCGAGGUCUCCAAACACGCGCCGCUCCGGGACGCCAACGGCGCCGCCCCUCCCGCCGCCGCCGCCGCCGUCGGCCCCGCCACAGAGGCCGCCGCCGCCGGCUGCGUCGGCGGCAGCGACGACCCGUUCGGGUGCGACACGCACUUCCCGCCGCUGCCGGCCGACACGUGGCGCCAGGCGAGCGCGUCGGCGCCGCGCGAUGAGAACGGUCUCUCUUACCGCUUCCUCGCCUUCGAGUCGCGCGAGAGCCCGCCAGCGGCGGCGCCGCACGAGGAGCUGCAGUACCUCGACCUGGUGCGCGAGGUGAUCGAAUCCGGCGUGUCGCGUCCUGACCGGACCGGCAUCGGCACGCGCGGCAAGUUUGGUGCGCAGAUGCGCUUCUCGCUGCGCGACCGCUUCCCCCUCCUCACGACAAAGACCGUCUUCUGGCGCGGCAUUUGGGACGGCAACUCGUCGCGCGACUACCUCGACUCGAUCGGCCUGACCGAGCGGGAGGUUGGCGACCUCGGGCCCGUGUACGGCUGGCAGUGGCGCCACUUUGGCGCCGAGUACACCGACAUGCACGCCGACUACACCGGCAAGGGAGUGGUCCGCGCGCUCAAGGAGAAGCCGUACGACCGGCGCAUCAUCAUGUCGGCGUGGAACCCAAAGGACUUGCCCAAGAUGGCGCUCCCCCCGUGCCACAUGUUUGCGCAGUUCUACGUGGCCAACGGCGAGCUCUCGUGCCAGAUGUACCAGCGCUCCGCCGACCUCGGCCUCGGAGUCCCAUUCAACAUCGCCUCGUAUGCGCUGCUCACCUGCCUGCUCGCGCACGUGACGGGGCUCAAGCGCGGCGACUUCGUGCACGUGAUUGGCGACGCGCACGUGUACAACAACCACGUCACCGCGCUGCGCGAGCAGCUCACCCGCGAGCCGCUCCUGUUCCCGCAGCUGCGCAUCUCCGACGCGGUGACGUCCAUCGAGGAGUGCACCUUUGCCGACCUGGAGCUCGUCGGGUACAAGUCGCACGGCAAGAUCAAGAUGGACAUGGCGGUCUGACGGCCUUCUCGCCUGCGGGGCGCUCGGCGCCUGCGCUCGCAUAGGGGAAACUAGGCCCUUUUCUCUUCUUGCGUGCGGAGGGCGGGUCAAUGCGGCGCGGAGGUCCGGAGGAGCGGCGCCAUGCUUGUUGCUUCGAGCCACCGAGAGGCACACGGCGCGACAAGCAGUGUGGACCGCCGGGGGAGUGAGAGAGAGAGAUGUGAGUGUCGCUUUUUCCGGGUGUUUUUGUGCUGUCUACUCUGUC